AAAGACUAGGACGCGAGCAUCCAGAUCACGUGCUUCUUAACUAAAUAAACAAUACAACGAUAGCCUACAAUCGUGCAUGAAAACGAACUAAACAAAUCGUUAUAUGUCAGCCAGGUCCUGAAAAUAUCCGCGGAGCUUUCACAGAACCUGCUAGUUAUGCCAUACAAGGCAUGGCAGAGAGACAGGACAACGAGGUGGAGGAGGCAGACCAGGUGUACCUGCUGAUGAAGGAGGAGUACCGUAUCUCACGGAAUGUACGUCUGGCCUGGUUCCUGGGCAAGCUCAACCAGGUCAUCUGGCCGGUCCCAAAGUCUGAACUGCUGAACUCUGAGAAUGAGCUGGAUCUGCUCAGCAUCUUGCCGAAGGGAUGGCAGCCAGACUUUUCCCCCUCCACCAUACCCUACCUGCUGGUACCUUCCACUCGGGUCACCUUCUUGGCCCGCAGGUACCGCUUCAUCAUCGAGCUGGACCUCAGCCCCUCCACUGGGAUCGUGGAUGACAGCACGGGGGAGAUGAUAUUUGAUGAGGUAUUCCAUGCCUUGUCACGAUGCUUAGCUGGACUGGUCCGGCCCUUCAAUGUUCCAGGCACAGAUCUUGUUUUCCAGCCGGAAAUCUUUGUCACUAUCCUGGCUUAUUCCUCCAUUAUUGGGCUCAAUACACACCAGGUGUUGGUGCAGGGUUGUCAGCUGAAUCGUACAGACCUGGUUCAGUUCCUACACCAGGUUUAUCAGCAGCUGCGAUCAGUGGAGAACAACAUUGCAGAGGUCCUACAACAGCAGCACAGCCAUCUUCAACAGCAGCACGACCAGUCUGAUGGGCCAAUCCCGUGCUCCGGGCUUGGCAGUGACAUCACCAUGGAGGAGGUGCCUGUGAGGAAACAUGGCGUUUCCAUGGUGACUGCAGACGUCGGGCUGGUCAGCAUGGUGCGACAGGGCAUCCUAGCUCUACAGCUGCUGCCCCCCAACUCCUCCGCAGGUAUAAUCAUCAUCACAGAUGGGGUGACCAGUGUGCCUGAUGUGGCUGUGUGUGAGACCCUUCUGAACCAGCUCAGGAGUGGAACCAUCGCUUGCUCCUUCGUCCAGGUGGGUGGGGCCUACUCCUACAAUUGUAGUUUUGGGUACAUCCCUAAUGUUGAGUUGAUGAAGUUUAUCUCCCUGGCGACCUUUGGCUCCUACCUGUCCAGCUGCCCUGAGCCUGAUCUGGCCAGUCAGGAUAUGAACACCUACCACAAGGCCUUCCUCACAUACUCCUUCCUCAAGACCAGCGAAUCCAUGAACCCGGAGUACUACUGUGUGUCUCAGCACAAGCUGUUCAACGAGCACCUGGUGUCGGCCAGUGGGAACCCUGCGCUAGUGAUGAGGAGGAAGAAGCACACAGAGAAGGAAGUGCACGCCCACCUGGUCAGUGUGGUGUCGGUCAGACUGAGAGAGGGAUACACCAUCAGGGAGAUCAACCUCACUAAAGGUGGCACCCAGCUGGAGGUGAAGCUGGUGUUGCUGUGGAAACACAACAUGCGUAUAGAGUACCUGGCAGUGGCCCAGUGGCCCCUGGAUCCUGCCAAGAGGACCACCUGGGUAGAGGUCACCAUGGAGGGAAGCUACGACAUCCUCCAUGAUAUCAGCUGUACCAUGAGGAAACCCAUCACCUCAACCUACCGCACCUCCGUCAUCAGGCGAUUCUGGAACACACUGCAGAGUAUAAACCAGACAGAUCAGAUGCUGGUCCACCUGCAAUCCUUUAACUCUCUCCCAGAGAACUACACAAUCCCUGAGAGCACCAAGAACGGAGUUCCUCUCUUCUACAUCCCGCCCGGAUCCACCACGCCUGUUCUCUCCCUCCAGCACAGCGGCUCUAAGGAUUCCUCCCAGUCCCAGUUUGCCUUCUACUGGAAGCCCAUCCUGUCCAUGGACGCCAACUUCUGGCAGAGAUGGCUUCACAUGCACCGCAUUGCUAUCAUCCUGGAGCACGACAUGCCUGUGCCCAAGCACCUCCACACUGCUGGUAGUAACGGGCGUUUCAGCACCAUCCAGUGUCGUAUCUCCCACUCAGCCCUCACCUCUUUACUGAGGGACUGGAGCAGCUUUGUACUGGUGGAGGGAUACUCAUAUGUCAAGCUCAUAUACAGUGCCUCUGACCAGCCCCCCAACUCAUUCUACCUGGUGCGUCUGAUCUCCAAGGCUCCCUGCAUGGUGCUGAGGCUGGGCUUCCCUAUCGGCACCCUGGCCCACACCAGGAACAAGAUAGUGGAUGAGCUGCGGGAGCAGAUCCUGAGGCUUCGCUUCCCCCACCGCGUCCAGAACAAGGAGGCUACGCCCAAGACCAAGAGGAAGAUUCUGGGGCACGCAUCCCCCUCCAAGUCUCCUCCUCUCCCUGCUCCCAAACCUGCGCUGUCUGACCGUCCAUGUGUGGUGGUCCUCAACAAACCUCUGGAGAAACUACUCAUCAGGUACGAGAAGCUCCCGUCAGACUUCCGGACCCCGUUUAUUCUGAACAUGGAGAACUUCACCCAGCCCACCAACAUGACCGUGCCCCUUAGCAUGGCAGCCAAUCGGACGGCCUCGUCCACGCUGGCGUCUCUGUCACGCUACUUCCUCCACCAGCGCUGGGUGUGGACGGUGCAGAGCGGCCUGGGUGCUACCGUACCGCUGCAGGCUGUGGUUCAUAUACUGUCCAUGCUGUCUGAGAUUCGCCUCUCUGAGGGCUUUCAUUUUGCUGCCAGUGGAGAGGGCAUAGUCAACAUGGUGACUGAACUGCCAAUGAAGGGGAUGCCAGAGGCGGUGGACAGAGAAAGUCACACCUGUAUCGUCCAGUAUAUCCUGUUUCCACCUCACUCCACCUCUACCAAGGACAGUUUCUCCACAGAUGAUGACAACGACACAGAGGUGGAGGCCAUUGAUGUGGACACAGAGCUCAACCUGGUGACAGAGUGUUGGGUAGAGCCUCAGAGUGGGACAGUAUGGAGCCCUAGAGACCAACACAGACACUUCCAGGAGCUCACCUACCAGGAGAUACCACAGGCGAUCUUCCCCCGGGAUCUGACCUGUAUGUCCACCAUUAUGACGUUUGAGUACCUUAGCCAGCUGUGCCAGAACAAGGAGCAGGUGUACCCUCCAAUUGGAACCGCUGCAGGAGAACCCCCUGCCUCUGAGGACUGCAUCCACACUGUUCCCUUCCAGUUUGACCUCAUCGAGCUGCUGCCCAAGUGCCAACAGAUAGAAAUCUUCUUCCUCACUCUCAGCAGAGUGGAGAACGAGGAGGUGUCCCAGAGCACCCCCUAUAUUCCCAACGAGCUCCUGCUGAGCCUGUUCCACAGCAGCUUGCAACAGGAGCUCAGUGACCGGGAGAUCCCAUUGGCUGACCAGGACAACGUCACCUUCAUGCAUCACAUCCUAGACAGGGAACGAGACGGUCAUGUUGCACCCUUCUCUCUACCGGUCAUCAGAGAAGAGUGCCUGAAACCCCCAGAGAGACAGGACACAGUGAUGUCCUUCCACACUACAGGGAGCAGUAAGGAGGUGACAGGAUCAACCAGUACCCUUCAGAGUUUCAGCAAUGCAGACCUGGUGGAUGAGGAGCCAGUCCCAGUGGAGAGGGAUGGGUCUACCCCUCAGUGGAAGUGUUACGCCAAGUACAUCAGCCCCCAACAGAUCCUCCUGACCUUCCUCCCUGCCACCUUCACAGAUGUCCAGAUGUUGAUGUUGUCUGGGCUGGAGACCGAGCCCCAGGACAACGGAGAUGAUGACGACACCCUGACUUCUGGCAACAAAUCACAGGUUGAUUCUCACUCUGGCUCCACCAAUGUGCUGAAUGGUGGGUUGAGUAGCGGGUUGAGGUCCCCCAUGCUCUCCCCUGGUGGUGGUGGUUCUGUGGGACCCAGGUCACCCCUGCUCUCCCCUGGAUCUGGGAGCUCCACGGUGGAGCAGGACAACUGGGAGAGCCGUCUCUCUGAGCCUGAAAAUGGCACCAAAGGUGCAGGUGUGGAGGAGAGGGACGGGGUGCAGUUCGCUGAGCCCCAGAAGAGAGACUUCCACAUCACGUUCAGUCGCCAGGCGUCCCAGCAGAGCUCAGGGGACCUGUCCCGUCCGCGCUGCCCUGUAUAUGUCUAUAACUGUUCCCUGGACUCUCUGAAGGAUCAGCUACUCAAUCCCCACUCUAACAGGCAGCCAAGGGACAUCUUCUUCAGACCUCAAGACGCUGACUCCUGGGAGAUGCAUCAGCAGAUGAAGUUCAGGUCUCUAUCUCAGGAACGCAGCAGCACUUCCUCCUGGACAGACCUGAUGUCGCAGCCUCAUAAACACAAGGAGCUGGCCAACUACUGCAGCCUGCUACAGGAGCACUACCACCAGUGUUACGUCACAGGUGUGUACCGCAGCCUGCAGCAGUCCCACAGCAUCAGUUCCCAGGACUUGCUGACAGCCAUGGACUACUGUGAGGAGUCUCUCCAGGAGAUAGACAUCACUUCCUUCCUCCAGACGCUCUGUGGACACAUCCGGGUGUUCCGAGAGCGCCAUGGAGAUGCUGUGACCCCUGAUCCCUCCAUCACCCCCGCCACCUUCACCAUCGGAGAGGCAGAGGAAGACGGGCCGGUCAAGAGAGGACCCAUGGCCUCCUCAUCCAGUAUUGAGAUGGAGGACGUGAGUGAGGCAGAGAACAGGGGGAAGGCCUCGGCCCCUAACUCCCCCCUCGGCCUGGACGAACCCCCCGGGACCAUCAGGAUACCAGAGUUCCCUCUGUCCCUCCUCCGCCUUCAGCAGAAGUGUGAGGUCUACCCUGACCUGCACAAAAUCAUACAGGACAAAUUCAUGGACAUUGGUGCUCAGUUCUUCAAGACCGUGCCUUCCAAUCCCCACUACUUCUACUACUGCCCACCAUCAUCUAAGAAAGAGAUAUGUGACUCUGAUAGGGAAGAGGAGAGACGACUUAGUGAAGAGGUUGUCUCAGAGGCUGAGCCUGCUACAGAGGACGAGAACAUGUCGGGCUGUUGCAUCAUGAUGGAGAGCGACACAGACCUGGAGGUGGAGUACCAGGAGAGGGCUGGGGGCCGGAGAUCCCUAGGGGCAGACGGAGAGGGGGAAGCAGGGGGAGAGAGGGAGGAUGAGUCCCUGUCUGACUCCAACACCGUGAACCAGGAUGAGGACUCCUUCAGCAUCCUAGAGGGAGACAGCCUGUUGGAGCCAGAGGGGCCUCAGCCUGAGAUGCCUCCGCUGUUCGUCCACCUCACCUGCUCUGUUAACAUAAAGAGCUGCCACGGAUCCAUGCCCAUAACCACGCUACCCACCUGCCUGGGUGAGGUGAUCACAUGUCUGGAGAAUGCAGAGGCCCUGCAGGCUCUUGAUCUGAAUGAUCUGUCUGUCACACUGGACAUCUUUGUCCUCACCUUACCCCUAGAGAUCGAGGGUAUGCAGUCUGACUUGAGGCACAACAGGUACACGUCAGAGAGCAGUGUGUCUCUGAACCGUUCUCCAGGUCAGCCCUCCUCCUACCGCUCUGAUGAGGAGCUGAUGGGCAACUUGGACAGCCUGAGAGGAGUAGGGGUCGACGGGGUUGGAGGAGACCCCUUGGCCAAACUCCCAAUUCCCCACAAACUAGCAGUGUUAGCCACCAUGGAUGAGAUCCGUUGGCUCUUGGAGGACGAGAUUGUGUCAGCGCUGCGUCUCUCCCGGGUUAUCCGCUCGUCCAUGCUACAGAAGGUGGCGGAUCACGUGUUUCGCUCAGGCGGGCGACCACGGUGCCACUGUGAGGUCGUUCCUCUGCAGUUUGUCUUCGGCCCUGAGCAGUCCCUGGAGAAGUUCAAAGAGGAGUUCCGUAGGAUGUCAUUCUCAGGUUAUCUUCUGAAUGGAGAGCAAGACAACUUCUACUAUAUGUCUCUGAGUAGACUCCACCCCCAGAGGAUCCAGGCUGCUAAGAGGCUGUCUGAGAGCACUGUCAACCCUGGGGAGGCGGGGUGGAACUCCAUGAUUGGACGGAACUCACAGCCAUCCAAUCACUGUCCUGAUGUGGACGACAGCGUCAGGGCUCCGUCCAUUCAUGGCACACCAGGAAGAAGACCUGACCACGAAGCAGAGGUGGCGAGGGUGGAGCCAGACAGUGAGGUUCAGGGAGAAGAGAAGAAGUCUACUGUCGGGGCUGUUAAUGAAUCUGCGAGUUACUCAGCCCAGGAGCGCAGCGACACCCCAAUCAAACCAUCCCGAGCUGACUCAGAGGAGGGCCCUAGACCCCGCUUGAGUUCAGUUGGUGCUACCUCCACUGCCGCGGGUGACAGCCCCCGGUUGAGUUCUGUUGGUGCCUCCACCAGUCGACCCCGACUGAGCUCUGUGGGCAGAGGAGGAGAGGAGAUAAGACCUCGGCUGAGCUCCGUGGGCUCCACCUCCACCUCUACCUCUACCACUACAGGGGACGGCGGCCAGGCCAGCACCCCUCAGCUCCAGCCCAGCACUAGCACCGACCGUUCCUCAGAAUACACCUCGCCCCCCAAGACCCCCUCCACAGUCAGCCUGGCCGAGUCGGUGCAGUCCACCACCCACAGCAGCGGGAAGCUGAGGCCCAGUCGAGUCCAGAGUGUGGUCUCCAGUCAAGGCAGCCUGGACUCUGACAUGCUGGGUUAUGACGGUGGCAGCAGUGACUCUGAGUGUGAGAGCCCCACUGUGGAUGAGCAGGAGUCCCAGGCCCCUCUGAUGCCUGACUUCUGGCUCAUCGUUAAGAUCCACCAGGACAGAGUGGAGGUGUACUCUCAGUCUAGGAGCUUCAAUGAAGCUAAGGAGGGCAGAGUAGAGGAGAAGGAGGAGGAGGAAGAAGAGGAGGUUCCAGAGUACUUACGGCUGCAUCAGAUGGUGGUGAGGAAGAUUGGGGAGAUCUGCCGUAUAGUCAAUCAGCGUCUACUACUCCAGGACCUCCACGACAGCCAUGUGUGUAACUCGCUCCUGGUGGCAGAGAGCGAAGAGGACAUCUGGAAGAAUGAGUCCCUGUACAGACAGAGACUGGCCAACUCCGAUGAUUACAAUGCAGAGGAGAGCUACCAGCCACGGGACUACCUAGCGGCCACAAUGCAGUUCAUCCCGGGUCACUUUGCCUGUGAGGUGGUGUGGAGCACCGUCAUCCACAUCCACCCUCGCCUCAAGAUGGGGCCUAACAUGGGGGUGUCCCGGGCUAUCCAGGCUCUGCGGUCAGUGCUCAACGCCAUGUGUGUGGUCAACAGGAAGAGCAUGUUUGUCUAUCAGGAGCGCUCCACUAAAUCAGUCUUCUACCUCAGACUUUCUGAGACGUCCCAAACAGGGAAAUACUCUGACCUGGAUGGCAACCUGCACCCCAUGUCUCGCUGCGUCGGCCUCGCCCGGAGCCAGGAGCCGCUCUACUCUGAGGACCUCACGGGCUCCCGGUCAUCUCUGGAAGGUGCUCGGGCGUCUCUGGAAGGUGCUCGGCCAGUGGGACAGGUGGACAAACACAUCUUGUUGCUGGUGCAUGGAGUGGGAAGUGCUGGUCCAGAGAUCACAGAUGAGCUGGUGAAGGUUUUGAGGAAGCGUCUGGAUGAGACCACCCUGGACAUCAUCACCAUCAUGCUGGGCAGGAACUGCAAACUCACCCCUGCUGACGUGGAGUUUAUCCAGCCGUCAGGCUCUCCAGCCACUGAGGUGAUGGAGUUUACUUUGCCGCAGUGCUUCAUGCCCUGGACCCCUGCUGUGGCCCACUACCUCAGGCAGAACCUGCUCAUCUUCCUCCACAUCCCCAAGUACACAGACAGCUACGUAGAACACCACUUCAAGCACUACUUCCAUCAGAGCAGUGAACUACCUGACUCUGAUGUCUACCUCUACAAUAAGCCUGGGGGCCAGGGGACUGGAGGGAAAGGUAUCGCCUGUAUCGCCCUGUCGUUCGUUGACGCUCAAGGCUGCCCCCUGCAGGUUCCAGCCCAGUACUGCACCACACCACCCAGAGGGGAUGCAUCUACCAUCCUCCUACAGCCAGACCAGUUUGACACCCUGACAACUGUCAUCAAGGUGGACUCCAACAACCUCAGCUCAGGGUCAGAGAUGAGGGUGCGUUUUGACAUCUGGGAGCAAGGUAACGUCUCCCCCCUCCAGCUGACUGACAAGCUGCGAGGGGCCCUGCGCCACGCCCUCUGUGACGUCAUCAUGGAACUCCGGGUCCUGCCGAAUCCCCUGUGUCUGGAGACGUUCUGCACUACACCGGGGCGAGGGCAGAGAGAGGACUCCACUAAUGGUCUUUUAAGUCCUCCUCCAUUAGAAGCAAAGGAGGGGAAUGAACUGGAGGUUAGAGAAGUGAAGGAAUUUAAGGACAGCUUCCGGCCUCGUAGUGGCUCUAGGAGGGUUAAGAACAGCCCCUCCCCUAUCACCCUGAUUCCUGCCCCCCUUGUGACCACCCCCAACACCGGACCAAGCACCCCUGAGUCCACUACGCCCACCGGCAAGACCACUCGCCGAAGCUUCUGGGAAAUACUGAGCAAGCCAGACUCAUCUGAGCUGGGGAGCCCUAAGACGACAGACGACAUCGUGCAGGAGAAGGGAGAGGAGGGUCGGACACGCAGGAGACACAAGACGGAGAAUGUGAAGCAGCAGUGGAGCCAGGAGAAGGCCAUGGCUGUAGAACUGGAGCAGGCCCAGAGGAGACAUGUGUCCCAGCUAGAGGAGGGUGACAUUGGGACCCUGCACCCUCUAUACCAGGUCACCUGUCAGCCCUGGAUCACCUUCAUGGCUAAACUUGGAUGCCCGUCGAUUCAGCAGUGCACAGCUGAGAUUGCCUCCCAGUUUCUGCUCCCGCCCAUCCUGACAGAGAUUGUCAAUCUGGUCAGCUCCCUGGCCAGUGACACUGCAGUUAAGGUGUUUGAGAGGACAAGUUGUCCCCAAGGAGACAUGUUUGUUCCCCUGCCUUUGAUCCACCACCUCAGCCAACCGCCUACCACCUCUAGAACCUUCAUCCUCAUUGGACGGAACUUCCACCAAUGGCAUUGCAGCACAGAGCAAGAAGACAGUUCAGAUGAUGAGAACAUCCCUGAGAUUAGUAGGUUCACACCUCAUAAGGGCUUCCAGCGCUUCGAGGCCUUGGAGCAGUCUGAUUGUUUCAGCCCAGGGCAGGCCUCGAGGGGCGUGGCCCCAAGACAGAGGUUCCUCCUCAUACACAUCCUGGAUAAGAAGGUGACCCUGUACACCUAUAACUGGUCGCUGGACCUUGGUGUGUCUCUGAACCGGGGACUGGUCAGGCUGGUCCAGUGGCAGAAUGCCAGGUCCCACGUUAUCCACUGUCUCCUCAACCAGAAGAUGGGCCUCUUCCACCACUACUGCUUCUCAGACACACCUGCCCACGAAGACCUCAAACAGGAGCCCAACCCGUUCCUGAACCCAACCUUGGAGGCUGAUGCCCUGCUGAGGAGCCCAGUGCCCCCCGUACCCAGCAAGGACCAGGGCAGGCUGGCUAGCUCCGUCCGCUCCCUGGCCCCCCUCCACUUCCCCUCAGAGCUGGUGCCCUUUGACGAAGCCCUCCGGGACAUCGGGAUGGGCCGCCCCCUGGCCAGCGCUCAGGACGGGGCCGACGUGGUGGCUCGGCACGGGGCCCAGCUACUAGAGGUCAAGGCUGCAGAGAGGAGAGAGAUGGAGAAGCAGAUGAAGAUUGAGAACCUGUUUGUGACUUGGCAGCAGAGGUCGGCGCAGUCCAACAUGCCCAUCUCUGUGGUGGACUUGGACACUCUGAAGCAGUCGUCCAGGCUAGUGCACUACUGCGCCACCCCUCUGCUCUUUGACCCCGUGUUCAGGAAGCAGAUCCAAGAAGAGCAGAUUGUCCAACCUCAACAGGUCAAGAAGCGCCACUGCUCCAGUGACUCCACGGCGUCUGGCAGGGACCGUAGCUACAGUACGGACUCAGCUGAUAUGCUGCCUAGCCGGCUGAGAGAGGAGCCCUGGCUGCAGGACAUCUCCAACACCUUCCUCCAGCAGUAUGUCCAGUACCUCCAGAGCAUGGGCUUCAUCCUGGUCCAGGUCCGGCCACAGUCCCCCGCACGCAGCAUCGCCAGGGCCCGGGCAGCCAUGCUCAGCUCACUUUCAUCAGAGAGGCAGUCCUUCUCCUAUAACAAGGCCAGGAGUGAGGACAGCCCAAAGAGCACAGGGUCAGGCACCACCGCGUACCACCUCCAGAGGGCGCUCCCAGGGGGCAUCGUACUGAUGGAGCUGGCCUUCCAGGGUUGUUACUUCUGUGUGAAGCAGUAUGCUCUGGAGUGUUCCCGCAUCCCCAUGGGACAGACCGUCAACUCUCAGUCCCAUCUCAUAUCCUCUCUCCAUCAGGGCUCCCUCCUCACCAAACCUCUCCGUCUCAAGCCGUUCCCUGACGCCACACCGGUCUCUGACUCUGCGCUCUCCAUGCUGUUCACAGAGGAGUGUGAUAAGGUGCGUGACCUGAUGCACGUGCACUCGUUCAGCUAUGACUUCCACCUGCGGGUGGUGCACCAGUACCUGGUGGGCUGUCACAUGACCCUGCGGCAGGGAUACCAGCUGACCGGCUUCCUGGAGGACUUCAUAGCUCAUCACCCUGACAUCCCCAAGUUCGGACGCAAUCACGUCUUCCAGGGGAGUUUCUCUAUCUCUACGGGGAUGAUCACAGCCCACCAGCUGUAUAACUACAUCACUGACCAUGCUGGCACCUACGGCAUGAAGCCCCUUCGCAUGUCCAAGGUUGCAAUGACCAGCGAAGGCAAGAAGGGAGCGCCACCCAGCUCCGACCUGCAUGAGUACGCUCUGGUGGCUCUUUGGAACAGCUCGGGCUCCUACAAGGACCUGGAAGGCCUGCGUCACCAUGACGAUUUUGACGUGUCCCUGCUGGUGUGUCACAAUGCCGCUCCGUUUGAGGAGCAGUCGGAGGGAGAGAGACAUCUGCUGAGGCUGCGUUACUACGUGAUCAUGACCAGUCAGCGAGAGCUGUUCCCCCGGCUGACUGCUGACAUGCGGCGCUUCAAAAAGCUUCCCCAGAUACACCGAGAGGCCCGCGACCUGGGCGGAAAGGUUCCCCCUGAGAGGGGGACAGAACCGGGCGGGGCACGGGACCCUGAACCAGACCUCUGGGAGGAGACCCCACCUGCAACCUCAGCCACAGACACCGCCAUCUCUACCCCCAGCGAUGGGAAUGAGUUUUACCCCCUGACUGGCCGCCGGAGGUCUGGGUCUGGGGCCCAGGGACUCCUCUACCCCUCUCCUCUGUUCCCUCUACUCAAUCAGGAGGUGGGCUGUGCACGGAGGCAGAUCCAGGCGAGCGUGGAGCAGGCCAUGGGCCACUGUCGCAGGGAUAAUCUGUGGAGGAGGCUGUUCCAUGGUGAACACCAUCACCUGGCCAUGGACAAGCUCAAGCUGAGCAAACUGUCCUUCAGCGAACUGGAGGAGCUCCUCAACGCCGUGCAGAGUCGAUCCGUAGAGGAGAUCGACCCACAGCUGGACUGUUUCCUAACCAUGAGUCCCAGCUGGUACCAGAGUCUGAUCAAAGUGCUGCUGACUCGAUUCCCUCAGAGCUGCCGACACUUUGAUGACAGUGGCAUUCAGUAUCUGGCUGUCCUAAACCAGAAAUUCACUGACUGCUUUGUUCUGGUCUUCCUUGACACUAAGGCAGGAAAAACGAGCCUCAAGGUUGUGUUUAGGGAGCCGUUGCCAUCCCAACCGCAGCCUAGCAGCAGCCCCCCACCCCAGCUGGUGUCCAUGUACCAUCAUCUGGAGUCUGUGAUCAACACAGCCUGCUACAACCUUUGGACCGGUUUGCUCUAGGGCUGGAGGGCCAAUCAGGACCAGGCAUGCCUCAGAGAAACGGAGCUGCUGGGAGGUGUAGUUCCAAACAGGCGGCUUCCUUUAUAGGCCGCCUUGGCUAGUGGGACACCAAAAAAGGAUGUUAUCGUUGAAAAGUGCUGAACCAGCGAAUCAGAGAGAGAGUUUGCAGGUCAAAGCUUCCUGUACAAUUAAUCAGUAUUUUACUAAUUCUACCACUGCGGGAAAAGAUAUUCGGUGGAACUAUACACACUAUUGCACACAAAGGUUCUUCUUUAUCAGACAGUGUAUGUGCCCUAUAGUGACUGAAAAUACAUUUUUACUUUACUCUCAACACAGAAUGUAGGUUGAGUUGAACCAGAGACAGGCUUUGGCUGAACUCUUUUCUGCCAGUUGUGGGUGUUGACAUGCCCUCUGCAGUGUACGUUGGGCCUCAGACAGAGGUCACUUUACAAACGCUUUGCUUUGAGGCUCAGGUGAACACUACCUCACAAUGACAGAAUCCGAUUGAAGAAGAUUUAGCUUUUUGCACUGAACAGUGCACCAGAUCAAAGCAGGGAAGUUAUGCAAUUUGCCCCCAUUUCAAUGCCAACUUUCUGGGCCCAUUCCUCAUUGACUUGGAGGUCAGUGGUGGUAGGGUAGAAUGAAAGGGGGAUGAGACUUUCAGUCUAGUUUGAUCUAAAGCCAAACUUCUGUAUGUAAUCUCAGCCAUGUUCCCAUUCAGCUUCUACUUCUAAUGAGAGAUCAUCUACAAUACAUGUACAGCUAACCUGAGGUGGAUCUCACUCCCCAACCAACUGAAUUGGACUGUAAACAAGUCACUAUUGUGCAACCAAGUGUUGGGAAAUUAGAUUCUAUUCUCCAACUCGUAACCCAUUUAUCAUUGUAGGUGUUCAAAUCCUAUGAACACGAAUAUGUGAAGUUAUUUCUCUCGGAUACUGUGCCUUGCGAAGGUACAGGACGAGAUGCUCAAGAUCGCCACUGCACACAAUCCAGUGAAUCCGCAGUCUUGAGUCUCCUGCGGAGGUGAAAGAUUGCUGCCAUUUCAGUCUGAAAUAUUGGGUAAUAGAUUUUUCCCCCUCUUCCCAUUGUAUCCUAACUGUCAAACCUGCUACCCAAUUUGCCCUACUGCCAUUUCUUCAUCCUAGAAGUGCCUUAGUUUUUUUAUGUUUUAUUUCUUAACAAUGCUACCAGAGCAGUUUUAUUGUUAUUGCAUCAAUCGUGCAAGUGGAAUUUCUGGGAAAUGCAAUUGGACUGCUAACUAGCUACAUUCGGACAGGCUUGAGGGUAUCGCUGGUCUCUGUUUACAAAGAUAUGGAGUGUUGGGUGGACAUACUGUAGGAGCCAGCUUGUGUACAACAUUGUAAUAUCACACACACACAUCAGUUCAGAGAUGUCAUUGCAAUACAUUAUGACUUCAGAUGGCCUUAACGUUGGUACACAUUUCAAUGGAAGGAAACCAAAUGUUUCAAGAUUGUUUAAAGUUCCUGAUUAAAAAGGAAUGAAGGAAAUUGGCAUGUUAAUAACAAUAAUAAUGGAUUUCUGAGUAAGGUGAAUUGUGUCUGUAGAGAUGUUUCUUUGUUUUGAAGGUAAGAACACUGGAUUUGGAAUAAUUCAAGAUAAUGUUAACAGUUAGGCCAGCUAUAGCAACAGUAUAAGCAUUCUGAAACUGUAAUAUAAUCUGAAACUUGUAUAUGUACAUUAUGUAUAUACAGAUGGAUUUGUAUGAUAUGCUACAAUAAACCUUAUGGUAUAUUCGA